AUCUACCAUUCGAUUAUGCUAAAAUUUGCUAUCUAAAAUCUAGUAAGUACGGUGAUUGAGAUUCUAUACGUAUCCUAAAGGGUAAAAUUGUAAUUGCAGAACUAAAACUAUAUUCAGUGGAGCUGUCGAUACGAUCCAUCCUUUAAUUCGAUUCAGUACACCAAACUUGUAAGUGCUUCACUCAUAUACCCCAAUGAAUUAUAUAAUCCAAUGAAAUAUAUAUUUUAGCUUAAAGCGCACAAACCAAAUAAAGUGUUGCUGUUGAGACUUGGUGACUUCUGACCCCACAAUUAUAUUGCACAGAAUUUUACACUCUUUUUUCGAUCUGUGUUUUAUUCGGGGAGCCCUUUGGUAAUUCCAAACUAAAAACAAUAAAAUCAAUAACCUAUCUAUGAAAAUAACCUAGAAAUCUAAUAACCCAAUCACACAAUCCUGUUCGUCUUGUUCCACAAAGCUUCCCGAGAAUCAUAACCGUUCAUCCUUCGCGUGGAUUGACCACCACUCCAGAGUUCAAAAGGUGAUUGCGUUUCAUAAAUUUCUAACACCCUGCCGAAUGGAAGUGCACCUGCUUCGAUGUAUCUAACAGCUAAGCCUAUAAAAGCAAGGACUUUUCCUUGCCAUGCUCUACAGUUGGUGGUGGUCGUUCGGUCAGCAGUGCUGAAUGGUGAACACGAAAUGAAGAAUCUUGUUCUAAUUAGUAGUGUAUUGUGCUUUCUGUGGUUGGAGCUGCUGUCGGCUUGGCAAGGUAUUGGUCCCAACGAAGACUCGCUUCAUGAGGCCUUGAUUGCGUACAAGUCGUACGAUGUGGAGGCACGUCGGAAUCGGUUCUACGAGUUGAGCAGUGAACAGUACAUUUCCGGGGGCUUUGAGUCGACGAAUGAUACUUGCGAUGCUCGGGAUGACCACGCGAGGGUUAAACGUUACAAUGAUCCCACGUUUCGGGGCAAUCCGAAAACGCGGGAACAGGUUUGGGCCAACAAUUUCGCUCAUGUAAUAAUGAGGGACCAACAAUCCAUAUCUUUGGUAAAGCUGCUGAUUCGCAUUGUGAACAAAUAUCUGAGUGCUUGUAUACCGAUUAUUCUGUUUGACGUGUACGUAGAACAAAGGGAAACUUACGUUAUGGAAGCUCUGUUCAGAGAGUUCCCGACGACCUACAUAUGUGGCAAAAUAAGCUCAAACUACACACUUCAAAACCCCGAAUUACUUGUGCCAUCGGCUGCACAGUGCCGUAGCUACAUCCUGUUCAUAUCGGACGUCAUGAUGGUUCGAAAGGUGCUUGGACCUCAGUUGACCAAUCAUGUAAUCGUCGUUCCUCGGUCAAGCCAGUGGAAACUACAAGACUUUCUAUCAUCUAAAGAGUCCAGAGACAUCUUGAAUUUGCUAGUUAUCGGUGAAUCGUACUCAACAGAAAAGACACUCAAUAGUGAAUCUGCCUAUGUUCUGUACUCGCACGAACUUUACAUUGAUGGAUUGGGUUCGAACCGCCCAAUAGUGCUGACUUCGUGGAUGAACGGAAAGUUCUCCCGUCCGAAUGUGAAUCUGUUUCCGCCAAAAAUCCGGAAAGGUUUUUCAGGACAUCGCUUCACUAUCUCUGCUGCCCAUCAACCGCCGUUCGUGUUCAAGAUCAUGUCUACGGACGGAGUUGGGAAUAUUGCCAUUCGUUGGGAUGGGUUGGAAAUUCGAGUGCUAAAGACGUUGGGAAACUAUCUUAACUUCACGUUCGAUAUCAAAGAACCCUCCAAGCCGUAUCUUGGGUCAGGAGAUGCCGUUACGUACGAAGUGGAACGAAAACAAGCCGAUAUUGGAUUGGCCGGAGCGUUCGUAACAAUUGAGCGAAAUGUCAAAACGGAAAUGUCGGUGUCUCACUCGACGGAUUGUGCGGCUUUUGUGACCCUGAUGUCAUCGUCUUUGCCAAGGUAACUUUACCAAAAUAUCAUAAAACGUGAGUUUUUUUUUUAAAUUAUUUUACAAUC